AUUAGAUUUUGUAGCAUUCACAAUGUAGUCCUAGCUAGAGGCUUUGAGAGUUUUGUGUAAGGAGAGAAUUUGUGAGAUACACGUGUUAUGUUAACACUUGUGUGAACCUCUUUCAUAUUCCGAGUGAAUUGUAUAAGGUUAUUUCUCUUUAUAUUGUGUACUCUCGUAUGAAUAUAUUGGAUAUUGCUCGUCUCCUCUUGUGGAUUUUAAUUGAUUGAUCGAACCACGUUAAAUAUUUGUGUGUUUUGGUAUAUUUACGUUUGUUUUCUUACUCAUAGUCUUAACUUCUACACGAUACCUAAUUAUUUCGAUCCUAACGCUAAUCAACUACCAAACGACCCUGUAGUUGCCCCUGAAUAUUAUAAUGAAGUAGCAUAUAAUGUAACUCUAUUUAUGAUCCUUAUAUAUGUAUACGUAUAUAUGUAUCUAAGUUCAAAUGGCUUCUUCUCAACCCAUUAUAAUUUACUUUAUUGGAUGUAAUUUUUUCUUAUUGCUAGCUUGUGCUACAAGUUGUUACACAUCAAUAUUUGGAUUUGGUGAUUCACUUACUGAUACUGGAAACUUAGUUCACUUCUAUCCAAAUGGUAAUAAACCUCACAUGUAUUUUCCUCCUUAUGGAGAGACAUACUUCCAUCAUCCCACUGGUCGUUGUUCUGAUGGACGUCUUCUUAUAGAUCUCAUUGCACAACAUUAUGGACUUCCACUUCCACCACCUUCACUUGAUAGAAGAAAUGCUCAAAAUGGAACAAACUUUGCAGUGGUGGGAUCAAGAGUUAUGGAUGCACAAUUCUAUGAGAAGAUGGGAAUUUAUGAUAUAGUAACAAAUGUUUCUAUGUGGGAUCAAUUGAAUUGGUUUAAACAAAUGCUUCCACAUUUAUGUCAUAAUUCUUCAGGUUGCAAAGAGUUUUUAGAGAGCUCCUUAUUUCUUCUUGGUGAAUUUGGAGGCAAUGAUUAUACACAUGCACUUCUUUCACAUAAAACUUUAAAUGAUAUUCUUCCUAUAAUCCCUUUAGUUGCCCAAUCUAUUGCCUCAGGUGCUCAUGAGCUAGUGGAGCUUGGGGCUAGGACAAUAAUAGUGCCUAGUGUGUUACCACUUGGAUGUUCUUCAUCCUAUUUGACAAAUUUUGAGAGCUUGAAUGAAGAAGAUUAUGAUGAAUUAGGUUGUCUCAUUUGGCCAAAUGAACUUGCUUCCUAUCAUAAUGAACUUCUUCAAAAGGAAUUACAUCGACUUAGAGAGCUUCAUCCUCAUGUCAAUAUUAUCUAUGCUGAUUAUUACAAUGCUUCUAUGAAAAUUUAUCGAGCUCCUCGAAAAUACGGAUUUUUGAAAAGUGUACUAGUAGCAUGUUGUGGAGGUGGAGGUCCUUAUAAUUUCAAUGUUUCAGCUCAAUGUGGCACUUCUCAAGCAACAAGUUGUGAGGAUCCUAAGCAAUAUGUGAAUUGGGAUGGAUAUCACUUUUCAGAGGCAGCUUAUAAAUGGAUCACAAAAAGUUUAUUGGAAGGCCUAUUUAGUUAUCCUCCUAUGAAGAAUUUGUGUCUUUUUGAUGUUGUUGAGGCCCAAGUUUCCCAAAUUUAGAAAGCCCAAAAAAAUAAUAGCUCUAUAUAUGUGAGUUAUUUUGUUCCUUAUAAAACUUUAUCAUUUGAAUUGCAAAUGUUCAUAUUCUCUUAUUCUAUUUUUUACAAUAAAAAGUGGUAGCAAAAACCUAGUAUAAAUGCAAAAAUUAUAUUUCAGUAAUAGUUAAUGAAGAACUACCUUAUUAUUGGA